AUGUCCACUGCUUCAACUAGGCAAAAGAAUUUAAUGGAUCAGCAUCAACAAAGGGAUAUUACCAUUCCAACAGUCAAUGAUCCACAAACCAACAUGCAUGAUAGACAACAGCAACAUCUACUGAAGCCUGUGUUGGAUUUACAUGAAAAUGCAGCCCCUCCACGCAUGAUGCCUAAAAGUGCAUCCAACCAAGCACUGCCCACCAAGAAACGAGGCGUGCUGAAUCGAUUUGAAUCCGCUCCUCAGGAUGGUUGGAAAAUGAUCAAAAAAUGGGUAGGAAAUUAUAGACAACAAUCCAAGAAACAACAAUUGCAGUCCAUUGCAAGCAUCGAGCGACAAGCAGAGUACAACACGCUGGGCCCUCUGUUGAUGGCAAUGCAUUUCUCAAGAGACGAAGACGGCAAGAAGCGCAUUCCUGUGUUGCUCGACAACUUGACCGUCAAAGUGACCAAAUUAGAGACCAAGAAGAAAGGCACCGUGUUUAAUAUCAGAGUGCAAUACGGCACUGGAGCCAACAAGGUGACAUGGUCUGUGUAUCGUCGUUACUGGGAUUUUGUCAAGUUGCAUUAUCGAUACAAGAAAAAAUACAAUACCACCAGCAACAAUCGAAGAGCAGCAGCGGGAGAAGGCUACAUUGCUUCCAGACAACGCACAAAAUUACCCAAAUUCCCUAGUCUCCCAAGGAACCAUUUUCGUAAGCAACGCAAACGGGAUUUUGAACGAGGACCCAUCAGUCGACAGGAAACCAGCAUAUCCCUCGAUACGUCAGAAUAUGCAACCAAUCCAGCCUCCUUAAUGGACGAAGAUGCCGUCAUGGCCAUCGCAGCGCCUAUUGCCGAAGAGGAUGAGUUUGUAGUCGUUAGCAGAAACAGUGCAUCUCAACGACCUUCAGCAGCACACAUACCAGGGCCGUUAGCAGGAGAGAGCACCACUAGCAUGUCACAGAUCAUGGACGUUGUCAAGGCAGAUCGCAAUGUACUGCAAGCUUUCGAGACUUAUUUGAACCAGUUUAUUGCUUCCAUCGGGCCACUGGGCUAUGUGAAUCGACUAUGCAAAUUUUUGGAAAUUUCGGCACUGGGGUUGGCAUUGGCAGCGAAAUACCCUUCCUCAUAUCAUCAUGGAAAAGAGGGCUUUGUGGUCUUUCAGAGUAGAACAGAUCGUGAUCCAAAGCAAUCACGCAAACUUUUGCAAGAUGGGCUUGUGUGCUCUGUGCCGACUACAGGUGGAAGAAGACGAAGAAAGCCGAAAUGGUUUGUUGUGCGAGAGAGUUAUGUGGCGUGUGUGGAUGAUCCUAGUGAGUGUACCGUCUACGACGUCUUUUUGUUUGACCAGCUAUUUGACAUUCAUCGACUGGCCAUCUUUGGCGAUAAAUCAACACAUCAUCUCUCAAAAGGCGGCAGAAAGAAGUUUAGUAACGCGUUGGCCAACGCAUCUCACUGGGCCUCUGGCAAAUCCACGCUCUGUUUGAAGAACAUGCAAGGCAUCUAUCACUUUAGAGCAAAGAACGAGCAACAAGCAAAGCAGUUUGAAGCUUCCAUCAAUCUCAUGGCGGAAAACUCCAUUUGGUGCAAAGAGAAUCGAUUCAAGAGCUUUGCCCCUGUGCGUGAUAAUACAGCUGUUACUUGGUUUGUGGACGGAAGAGAUUACUUUUGGGACGUCUCCGUGGCGUUGGAGAAUGCAAAGGAGUCGAUAUACAUUCAUGAUUGGUGGUUAUCUCCUGAACUGUUCCUGAGAAGACCAGCAGCCAACAACCUGGAAUGGCGAUUGGAUCGUCUUUUGAGAAGAAAAGCGGACCAAGGCGUUAAAGUCUAUAUUGUCAUGUACAAGGAGGUGGCCAUGGCGCUGCCCUUAUUCUCUCAUCAAGCAAAACGGCACUUGCUGUCCCUCUCACCCAACAUCUUCGUGCAACGACAUCCUUCUCGCGCUUUGGACAUUUUCAACAAAAACAGCAUCUUCUUUUGGGCUCAUCACGAAAAGAUUUGUGUGGUUGAUAACGAAGUAGCUUUCAUCGGUGGUCUGGAUAAAUGCUUUGGACGCUACGAUACACCGGGCCACAUUUUGGUAGAUGACCUCAAGCCUGAACUAGAUCCUACCAACAAUCACCCGCAAGUCUGGCCUGGUAAAGACUACUCCAAUCCUCGUAUCAUUGAUUUCCACACUUUGGACAAACCCUUUGAAGACAACCAAGACAGAACCAAGCUACCCAGAAUGCCGUGGCAUGAUGUUUCUAUGCGUCUUGUGGGGCCUGCUGCUAGAGAUGUGUCGCGUCAUUUCGUGCAGCGCUGGAAUUUCCUGCGUAGAAAGAAGCCCAGUGCGCCCAAACGUCCCACGCCCAUGUUGCUGCCUGUGCCUGAUGACUAUACCAACAGCUUGACCAUUGAUGAUCCUCGUAUCUGCCACCCACACACAUCAGAAAAGUGCAAGGUGCAAAUUUUACGCAGUGUGUCGUCUUGGAGUAUAGGCUCUAUUAAUGAUCAUGUGGAACACAGCAUUCAGACAGCCUACUGCGAAUCCAUCAAGCACUCCAAGCACUUGAUCUACAUUGAAAACCAAUUCUUUGUAACCUCAACCAAGAGCGGCAACACGGUGAUAGCGAACAGCAUUGGCGAAGCCAUUUAUCAACGUGUGUUGCGUGCGCACAACGAGGGCACCAAAUGGAGAGCUAUUAUCAUUGUCCCCUUGGUUCCUGGUUUCCCUGCCAAUAUUGAUGAAACAGAAGCAAGUACAGUGCGUCUUAUCAUGCAGUGCCAAUACCUGUCGAUCGCACGAGGCCCUGACUCUAUUCUGGCUCGAUUGCAUGCAGCCGGUGUGACCAAUACUCAUGAAUACAUCAACUUUUAUGGUCUUCGUAACUGGGCCGAGCUAAAUGGACAGUAUGUCACUGAACAAGUGUAUAUUCAUGCAAAGACUAUGAUCGUUGACGACAUGGCCGUCAUCAUUGGAUCCGCCAACAUCAAUGAACGUUCCCAGUUGGGCGCGCGUGAUUCUGAAAUUGCAGCCUAUAUUCAAGACGACAAGGAUCUGAUCGACUCUUACUUUGGUGGAAAGAAGGUCAAAGUGGGUCGCUAUGCUCAUUCGCUUCGUAUGCGUCUCAUGUGUGAACACGUUGGUUUGGAUGUAGAUCAAAUUGACAGAGAAAAGUACGAGCCGAAGAAGAAGAAGACAUCCAAGAGCUAUAUGAAGCAACGAUUAUGGGCAGAUCGUCACUUGCAUGAUGAAGACAAGAAUGAUGCCGUCAACUGCCUGCCACCCUUCAUUCAGGUCAACAAGAAUUUGGACAAAAACACUAGAGAAAAGGACCAGAUUCAGCAGGAAGAGAAAAGUGAACCUCCCAUGAGCGAGAUAGAAAGAACUAGUACGCGCUUGUCUUCAGAUAGUUCAGCUACUUCAAGCAGCAACAACUCGGAUGUCGCAGAGCAGAAAAAGUAUGGCAGACGAAUGAAGAGACGUCUAUUGCGUAGAAAGAGCAGUGGGCAACACAUCAAGCAAGAAAAGGCUGGUCAAGCGGCUGCUGCUGCCAAUGCUAUAGCUGGAUCAAAACGACUAUCCCCAGGCCCUACGCCUCUUGAGCCCGUGCAAUCCACCAAAACUCAAGACAGCGCCAACACAACAUCUUCUUCCACCGGUGGAAACACUUCCAUCUUGUCGCCCACCAAGUCCAUUUUCAACAAACACAAGAGCACCAAAGAAGACUAUCUUGAUUUCUGGAUUUCUCUGGACCCUGAUACCGACAACAAUGGCGAUCGCAAAGCUUGGGACGAGAAGCGCAACACGGGAGAACCAAAAUCAGAUGCACGUGCUGCCAAAGACUUGCCCUAUGAACCUGAGUCCAACUAUUACAGUAGCGUCAAACUAGAGCCCUUGGAUACCGGCAAAAAGACCGUGGGCGAUAUCUACAGAUUGUUGCAAGAUCCUCUCACAGACGAGUUCCAGGACUUUUGGCACAUGUUGGCGCGUAUCAAUACAGAUCUGUUCCGCCGAUCCUUCUUGGUGACACCUGACAACAAUGUGCGUACCUGGGAUCAGUAUCAUCACUUUAUCAAGAUGGCCAAGAUGUUCUUGGGCCGAACCGAUGCCAAACAUGGAGGCACCAAGACAACUGCUGCUGCUGCCAAUGUCACAACAUUGCCUCUCAAUGAAGCCAAUGGUGGACAAGAUACCAUCCGUGAAAUCAUUCGUCAUAUUCGUGGACAUCUUGUUAUUUGGCCGAAUCAUUUUAUGGAGGAUGAUGAUGGUCAAAAUGAGUUCUUGUUCAAUGUGGAUAAAAUUGCUCCUUUGGAGAUUUUUGAUUAA